CCUCAUUCAGGGGCAGACUGAAAGGGAGGGGAAGAAAGAGGGAGUGAAAAAGGAAGCAGUCUGCUAUACAUUUUUUUUCUCCACACACUGAAACUUUCAAAAAGAGAAAAGACGAUAAGAGCUGGUGAGGAUCAACCGAUUGGGAAUGAGAGCGAGAAAUAAAGAAAUAGGGAGGAAUAACACUAACCUGACACUGAGUAUACUGCACAACUGAUGAGAACAUCAAAUAUUACGUGUUUGAGGCCUUGAGGCCUUCAUUGACCAAGGAGGGAGAGCAGGUGGGCACUUCUGGUCCUGGAGGGUUGCAGUGUGUACAGGCUUUUAUUCCAACCCUUAGAGCCCUGACAGAGAGAGAGAGAGAGCAUGUCUUCUAACUUGGACUCCAGUCUAACCAGCAUAGACUGGCUCCCCCAGCUGGGAAUCAGCUCACUGCRAUCAGGAAGAGAGAGAGGAGGAGAAGAGGGGGAGAGAAAGAAAGAGAGAGGGAGRGAGAGAAGUGAUCUUCCUCCCCCCAUCCCUGCCCCCUUUCCUUCCUCUGGAUCCAAAGCCAAGCCCCCUCACAGCUAUGCCACCCUCAUCGCYAUGGCGAUAGGCGCAGCCCCCAGCAGGAAGUUGAGUUUGAAUGACAUCUACAUGUGGAUCAGUGACAUGUUCCCCUACUACAGCAGAUCUGGCAGGGGAUGGAAGAACUCCAUCCGCCAUAACCUGUCCCUCAAUAAAUGCUUCCGGAAGGUUCCUCGACCMCAAAGUGACCCUGGGAAGGGUUCCUAUUGGAUGAUGGACGGCCCCUCAGAGCCCAAUCCGCUGAGAGGAACCAAGCGUCCGUAUCCAGCUGAAGAGGAGGAGGGGUCCAUCCAGGUCCCCAAUGUCUCAGUGAUGCAGGCAGAGAAACAGCAUUCACCCCAGACAGACCAUUAUACGCCUUUAGCAUCUCCACAGAGAGACCAUUAUACGCCUUUAGCAUCUCCACAGACAGACCAUUAUACGCCUUUAGCAUCUCCACAGACAGACCACUAUACRCCUUUAGCAUCUCCACAGACAGACCAUUAUAGGCCUUUAGCAUCUCCACAGACAGACCAUUAUAUGCCUUUAGCAUCGCCACAGACAGACCAUUAUAGGCCUUUAGCAUCUCCACAGACAGACCAUUAUAGGCCUUUAGCAUCGCCACAGGAACCCAGUCAACAACUAUCCCCCCCACCAUGCAAGCAACGGCCACCCUAUAUGCAGUCCCCUGUCUCCUCUCUCCCUGUCCCGCAUGAGACUGUCUCCCCAUCUACUGCCUCUGCUACUCUCCCCUCUCUUUCUGUCCCUCACUCUCUCUCUACCUCUCACUCUACUGUCUCAUCUUCUGUCUCCCCUCAAACUCUCCCUUCUUCUGUUCCCGCUCUCUCUGUUCCCACUCUCUCUGUUCCCGCUUUCUCUGUUCCCUCUCUUUCUGUCCCAUCUCUUAAUGUUGCCCCCACCUACGCCUCGUCACACUCCUGUGAUCCCCUUCUCCGUUUCUCCUUCUCUGAUCUGAACCUGCCAGACCUCUACACCUCCUUCCAGUCCCUCUGCAGAAGCGUCAGGGAGAGAGUGACCUCGCAAUCGGACGUGGGUCCCUUAUUUGUGUUGACCAAUGACAGUACCUCACUGCACACCCCAACCCUCCCCCCUUUGUCCCCUCACCUUGUACCCUCUGUAGCACCCGGGCCUCCUCCUGAGGCAGACAGACUGUCUCACAGCAGUGUGGUGCCAGCAGACUGGUUCAGUACUACAGACACUCUGAAGGAGAGCUUUAGGGUCGCCAGCAGUCUGGACUGGGCCAACAUUGACCUCACUAGCCACCCAGACCUCCUGGAGAGCAUGCGCCAGGCCGAGCUCUGUGAUUGGGCGCUGGAGCCGACGCUCUUCACUUCACUCUGUGAUUCGUUGAACCGUUUCUUCACUCAGAAGGGCCUAAUUGGCUCGUCCUCCGGUAACAACUCCCCAUUGGCCCACGGUGCCCCUCAAUCUCUGCUCCUCCCACCCCUUACUCACAACACCCCCACCCUGGCCACCCUAACCCACCCCUCUCCCCUGGCCCCCCCCUCCAGCAGUGGUCAGCCCCCCAGGAGGCCCCUCCACCCCCAAACUCAGGGUGUACAGAGGCCCCACCUGACCCAAACUGAAGCCCUUCAGACCAAUGCUGGGAUCCAACUUCAACCUAAACCCCGUCCCCCUAUGAAACAUCUCCAUAACAACAGCGAGGAGAUCCAAGAUGACUUUGACUGGGACUCUCUGAUCGCCUGACAGAGUGGAUUCUGUUUGCCCCACGAUUCCAUUCAGGAAGUCUACUGGAUCAGUGCUGCCCGCWGGCACAGAUCUAGGAUCAGCUUACUCUCCCCAAAACGAACCUGGACCACUGGGAGGAAACAUGCAAAACUGAACAUAGAUCAGUAUCUAGGGGAAACUUCCUCCUACUCCGAGGGGCCUCCCAUACAAAACACUACACCCUAUAUUCAGCUGCCUCACCACACACACACGCUACUCUUCAGAGUGAGGAUGGUCAUUGGUAAAUUAUGAUUGAAUGCAGUAUUGCUAUAGUGAAAUGGUUGAACGUUUUUCGGUACCUACUUAUUUUCUGCAAUUGUAUCCCUAUCUGUAAUUCUUCAUAGAAGCUUCUGGAUAUGCAUAUAUACUCCAACUGACAGAGGAGACUUCAUAUGUUAAUAAAAUACUAUAGAAUUAA